GCAGCCGCAAAGUGAUUACUGGCAGCGACACAAAACAGGUGACCGGGGCGAUAUUGCAUUGCAGAGAUUACACACACACACACACACACACACACACACACAUACAUACAACUGUAAGCGAUGGCAAGCGGCAAGAUAAUCAUCAUGAAUGACAAACAGUAGCAGCAAUUGUAGGUUGAGUGUUGCAAGCAGCAUUAAGUUUAUUGCGAGGCGACACGGGUUUGACACUGUUAAACUGCGCCUAGAGCAAUCACAGAUACAGCAACAAAAAACAAGAAAUUCAACCAUUAAAGCUUUCAAAGUGCCCAUAGGAGCAAUGAGUGCAACAGUAACAGCAACAACAUUCAGCCAUACUCAAGCAACAACAAUAGCACCGGGCACAGAUAAAGCGAGAGCAAAGGAGUCGACAGCAUGGACGUCAGAGUGGACUUCGUUAUGGCCGUCGAUCCUUUCAGCGAAUGUUGGUUUAUUUACGACGACAACAACAACGGCAGUAGGUGCAGCACAGCAAACAACUGCAAUUGCCGCGCCGACUCCGAUGGAUUUACAAUCAAAGCAAAUGGCAAAGCUGAAACUUGACAGCAGUAAGUGCCGCCAGCGUCAUCAUCAUCAUGACAAGCACAACAAAAACAAAACAACAAACAUCAAUAUCCCCGUUGCGCAACGAACUUUAAGUCGAAAUCAAAAGCAAACCCAACAAGCACAUCAAACACAAAUGCAAUGGCAACGACAUUGUCAAGUGCGCCAACAACAACAGUUAAGCCGUUACUAUCCCAUCCACAUGCCUCAGCAGCAACAGCACAAUUGGCAGCAUUAUCUGUGGCAACGGCAACGCUGCUCAUCGCCGGACUAUGUGUCCUUGUCCGCCCGCCUUCGCUCGAUGCUGAAACAGCAACAACACCUACACCAACAGCAAUGGUUGCGCUUUUGCCUUUUGCUCGUCAUUUGCCUGUCACUGCCCUCUGCAACGAAUACAAAACCUCAGACCUCAGCAACAUCAACAAUAACAACAACAACACGAACAGCACCAGCAGCAGCAACUUUCACAGUAGCAGUAACAACAAAAACAUUAGCAGACGCUAUAACAACUACAGCCACAACCACAACAACAACAACAGCAGCAACAACAAGACCAACACGCGCAACCGACUUAACGAUGAUGCCGCCAGCAAUUGGAAGUGAUGACAACAUCGUGACCAGCAAUAGCAGCAAGUUCUCCCUCACCGCCAACUUCGCUAUCAGAAACGUCAUCAUUCCUUCAACCGCGACAAGCGUAAAUUCCACAACCGCAUCAAAUGCCACAGCAGCAGUAAAGACCGCGUUGCGAACGCUGGAGCGGACAGUGUCAACAACAUUGCCAACAGCAAUGCAAACAUUCACAUCCGUCGCAUUGCUGUCAUCAUCAGAGACAACACGGCCCACAGCCAUUAUAAUAACAACAACAACGUCCAACUUCGAGGAAAGUGAGCUGCAUGCGAAGGCAAUGGCGCCCAUCAGCAGCAGUAGUAGCGUGAAGAAUACGCAAUCGGCGAGUUAUGUGCACUUAGUAAAUGAGUUGUUGCCUGAGGUAAUGGCAGCACCGGCAAUAGCAACAACAACCUUACAAUCGCCAAUAGCAGCAGCAAGAAAUCACUAUAGCAACAAUAAAAUCUUUCGCAAUGCACCUAGCGGGCGCACCGAUUCAUAUAGCAAAAGUCAUUGGCAUAACAAAAUGUCCAACAACUACAAUAACAAUAAAAACGACGGCAGCGAAAAGUUUAUUAGUGGGGGGCGAACGCGUCACCGUGCCAUCCGCUCGCUUAGCAGUGCUGGUGGUGGCGGUGUGAGCGGUAGCGGCGGCAGCGGUAGUAGUUUUGGUGGCAGCAGUCUGGGCGCGGACGGCAGUGGCAGUGGUACUGUAGGCUUUCACAGUUCGGCGGAUGGCAAUGGCAGCAAUCAUAACAGCAUUGAAUGUCCGAGGUUCGAUGAAAAUUCGGCGUGUCCUUGCUACAAAUUCGAAGAUGGCUUAUUUCUCGAGUGUCCCGGUACGACGGCCAUGUCGUUGCGCAGCACACUCGAACGCAUCUCAUCGCCAAUACAUUCAUUAUCUAUUUAUGACUUCGAUCGUUCGGUCACGUCCCUUUCGCAGGAUGUCUUUCAACCAGGUGUCAAUAUAAGGCAUUUGCAAUUUUCACACUCACACCUGGAAACGUUAAAGGAUAACAGUUUGCGGCAUGUACGUGCAUCAUUGGAAUCGCUGAGCAUUGUUAAUGGAAAAUUAACACAGAUACAUAUAUACAAGUCGAAGUAGAAGUAGAUGGAAAUCAGCAAACGGCAGGGAGCGAAUGCCGAAGUAACACAGCCAAAUAGCUAGCCAGUGAAGCGUGUAUGCCGUGUUUAUAUUAUCCAUUGUCGGCUUGUCGUUGAUUGUAACGAGACAGAUAGCAAAACUCAGUUAUGCAAUACAUUUCAGCUAAACCAACACGUUGGCGAUAUGUUGAUGAUAUGUAAACUUUGGUAAAUG